UCUCUUUUCUAUUUAAGCGAUGUCGAGUAACAUGCUAGUUUAGUCGUCACUCUGCCGCUUGUGCUCUGUUACUGAAUCUGGUAUAGCAAUUGAAAUGCCGGAGGGUUACACGAAAGCCACUGCCUGGCUGCAAAUUCACAGCCUGCUGAACAGCAUCAACCACAUGCUCAUCUUCCUGGUGGCCAUCUUUUUUUUCGUCCUGGCGCGCAGUCUGGAGUUCAAGGACACCGCCAUGCAUAUGUUUAUGACUGGAAUUGGAUUCCACGUCCUUAUAGCCCAGGCCAUGAUGUCACAUUCGAAAGUGAAUCCGCUCACCCGUUGGCUGUCACACCGAAACAAGUCCCGCUUCCACGCCAUCCUACAGAUUGUGGGUGGUUCUAUGGUUCUAUUGGGCUCCCUGGGCAAAUUUUCCAGCAAGGAGGUUCACUUUAACACCUGGCACGGUCGAGUAGGAGGAACUGCUUCUUUUUUCUGCGCGGCUAGCAUUGUGGGCGGUUUUGUUAACUACUUCCAACCGAAGUUCGCCCUAAAAGUGAUGCCUUCAUCGGAGCUUCGCUUCCGCCAUAAUCUAUUUGGCUUGGUCACCUUCAGCCUGGGCAUGGGCGCCAUUUACCUGGGCUACUACUCGAAAUUCUUCUCCAAGUAUGUGGACACGGAUUUCAUUCCCGGCAUGAUGCUGAUAACCGCCAUGGUUUAUGGACUCACCAUCAUUGCGCCGGUGUCAUCGCUGCUAACUAAACUUAAGUAUCGGUCUAAGAGAAAGGCGGAGCAGGCCCAAUAAGUGAUACUGGGCAGGAUGAGACUAAAGCCAUCGAGGCUAACCGAAAUCUGUCAGGUUCUAGCAAGAAAAUAAAAAACUUGGCGUUUGGCCAAAUUGAAA